CUAUAGGUGGCAGUGACGAACAACGACAGUACAGCAUCUGUGCUUUACAAGGCAGAGAAGUGCGAGUCGACUAGGGUGUUGUGGUUGACAUUUCUCGGGAGCCCUAUAAAGUUUUCUGCAGUGCUAUGGCAGUAUUGUCAGUGGCUUCAAAUUCAUGUUUUCAGCCGGACAGCUGAAAACACUGAGCCGUCUGAUGACUGUGCAUUUCGGUUGAUUUUGUGGAAGUGGUUGUGAGUACACUUUCGGCUUUUCUGGGUUGGGACAGGAACAGCUUACGAGGUCAUUGAUCGCAACAGCUCACUUCUCAGAACAGACUGUUUGUUUUCAGUUAUUGCUACUCUGUGCUGUUAUUUCAUGUUAGCAGUAUGACUCGCGAUAUCAUUCUUGGAGAUGAACUGCCCGACUGGGUUGGGGCAAAAGAGUUUUAUCAGAAGUAUGAUCCCAAGGAGGUGAUUGGGAGAGGUGUGAGCAGUGUGGUGCGCAGAUGUGUACACAAACACACAGGGCAGGAGUUUGCGGUGAAGAUCAUUGAGAUCACUGCAGAGAAAAUGACAGAACAGCAGUUAGAGGAGGUGAAGAGCUCCACACUGAAGGAGAUCCACGUGCUCAAUGUGGUGAAGGGCCACCCGUCCAUCAUCACACUUAUUGAUUCUUAUGAGUCAACAACCUUCAUAUUUUUGGUAUUUGACCUCAUGAGGAGGGGAGAGCUAUUCGAUUACUUGACUGAAAAAGUCACUCUCAGUGAAAAGGAAACCAGGAGUAUGAUGCGUGCUCUUCUGGAGGCUGUCCAGUAUUUGCAUUCUCUAAAUAUUGUACAUCGUGACCUCAAACCUGAAAAUGUUCUGUUGGACGACCAGGGACACAUCAAACUUUCAGACUUUGGCUUUUCAGUCCAGCUGGGCCCUGAUGAAAAACUAAGAGAGUUGUGUGGAACACCAGGAUAUCUGGCACCAGAGAUUCUGAAGUGCUCCAUGGAUGAGACACAUGAGGGAUAUGGGAAAGAGGUUGACCUGUGGGCUUGUGGUGUGAUCAUGUUCACGCUUCUUGCUGGUUCUCCACCAUUCUGGCAUCGCAAACAGCUGCUGAUGCUGAGAUUGAUCAUGGAAGGCCGGUACCAGUUUAGCUCUCCAGAGUGGGACGACCGGUCUGACACUGUCAAAGACUUGAUCUCCAGGCUUUUAGUGGUGGAACCCACACUUCGUCUAACAGCUGAGCAAGCUUUAGCUCAUCCUUUCUUCCGUCAGUACCAAAAGGAGGAUGUGCGGCUCUUUAGCCCCAGGAAGACAUUUAAGGCCCUGAUCCUGACCGUGUUAGCUUGUAUACGAAUGCAGUGUCGCUACUACCGAGCCAGACCAUUAACAAAGGAGCUCCUAGCAAGAGACCCUUACUCCAUCCGCGGUGUGCGCAAGCUGAUCGACGGCUGUGCUUUCCGCAUAUAUGGACACUGGGUCAAGAAAGGGGAGCAACAGAACCGAGCUGCUCUAUUCCAGAACACGUCUAAAAUCAUUCUAAUGGGCCUUGAAGACCUUGAAAACUAAAGGUCAUAUUUUUGUUUCUAAGGAUAUCCCUCUUCUUUCAAUUUACAGUUUAUUGUUUAUGUAUUUAAGUAAGAGUCUGUAGCCUGCCGGUCCACAAGGUGCACAAAACACAACUACUUAUAGAUGUUUUUUUUGUUUGUUUUUUUGUCUUUAAAGAUGGAUGGUGCUUUUGAUUUUAGCAGCAGGCCAUGUGACCUCAUUUUAACCACUCACUGUGGAUUUUACAUUUUUAAA